AUGAGCAGCAACAACUCCGUGAGAGUCGUGGUGGACAAAGAUACCGUUUCGAGGUUUGCUUCGUGCCAGUCAGCAACGCUGAAUCACCUCAACAAGUACGAGACUCUAACCAAUUCUCUAAACUACUUGCUUUCGUACUCGGUCGUCUCUAGCACGAUUUCUGCAGUACUCACAAUACUUUACCGUGUCAAGAUGGUUGCCGUUGAAUCUCCUAAGUCUCCUCAGCUCGUGAAAAAAGGGUACCAAGCUGGCGUGUCGGGUCUUCACAAGAUUGAUGAAUUAUUUAAUCUCCUUGUUUUGCGUGAAGGUCUUGACGAAUUCCUCAGCCAAUACCGCUCUCAUAGCGGUAAAGCCGGAUUGUGGGUUCUUCUAUACAUGGUCGAUUAUGUCGCUAACGUCUCGAACCUUGUGCUCAAGGAAUUAGUGGUCAAGCCGUUGAACCUGGGAAAAAAGGCUUCUGGUCCUGCGGCAGCAGCUCACGAAAUUGAGACCAACGGCGUUUCUGAGACAGGUCACACAGAUGCUAAAAACUUACCUCAUAUCAAGGAACUAGCAGGAACUACUCGCUCUCUGAGUCAUGAGCUGCAAUCCAAAUUGCAGUCUAACUACAUUGGGCCAACUAAGACCAAACUUCAACAAGAGUAUAUUGAGCCUACUAAGGACAAAAUUAAUGGUACCCGCGAGUUUGUUAGCGAAAAGUACGGUGAAUUCAUCAAGCCUACUUACAGUGCUGCUUACCAGACUGUUUCUGAAAAAUACGAAGGCAACCUAUCCAAAUCUGAGAGCGUUCCCAGAGCGAUCGUGUCGACCGGCGUAGACCUAGGCCAUAUGACUUUAGGAAAACUAAAGACUGGUGUAGCGAACGGGGUGGACAAAGUCGAGCCAAAGGCUAAGGGCGUUGCCGACGAACUUAGCGAGACAGCUGCUUCUGUGUUACAAAAUGCUAACAAUAUGGCGAAGUAA